GUGCGACCUCGCUGGCGGUAAACUAAAACAAGGCAGCCCCGGCCCCGGCUCGCGCAGCAGGAGGAAGAAGAAGAUGUUCAAGGGCACGUACCAGCAGGGGCUGGUGACGGUGCUGUUCAGCGGCGGGCCGCGGCCGCUGGCCAUCUGGGGCAGCUGCGCGCGCUCCGGCCAGGUGCGGCGAGUCAUGGACGACGACACGCGCAGCCUGGUGCUGGAGCUGAGCGGCACCAACGUGGCCACCACGUACAUCCACGCGCCGCCGUGCGCGCGCGGCUCGCUGGCGCUGCGCCUGCCCUUCUUCGUCAUGCACGUCAAGAACCUCAACAGGUACUUCACGCUGGAGAUCCAGGUCCUGGACGACAAGAACAUGCGGCGGCGGAUCGCGUUCAGCAACUUCACGAGCUGCAGCCAGGUGCACACCUUCUCCUGCCACGCGCCCUUCUGCCUCGACUCCGGCUGGAACGUGGUGAAUAUCAACUUGUCAGACUUUGUCCGACGCAUUUACGGAACGGCCUACAUCGAGACCCAGCGCAUACAAGUGCACGCCAACUGUCGCAUACGACGCAUUUACUUUGCAGAUCGAAUAUACUCGGCGGAAGAGCUUCCUGCGGACUACAAGCUGUACGAUCCUAACCAAACUAGACCUUCCCUACGAAGGAAAAAGUCGACUCCUGCAGAAGAACCCAAAACAGAAUUCAUUGAUAUAGUUGCGGUCCCUUAUGACACGCAGCAAAUACAGAUAACACUGCCUGACUACACUAGCAUGGGGGUCAGCGUUCCACCCCCCUCUGAAGUGGAGACGCCACGCUCCGGCAUCACAGAACCAGCACUGGAUGAAACUGAUGCACAAACCUCUGCUCCAGGCGAGCCCACAGAAGAACCCUCUGCACCAGAUGGGCUCGUCGCUCCACCUGAAUCCACAGAAGAGCCCACCGCUCCACCUGAAUCCACGGAAGAGCCCACCGCUCCACCAGAAUCCACGGAAGAGCCAGCUGCUCCACCUGAAUCCACAGAAGAGCCCGCUGCUCCACCCGAAUCCACAGAAGAACCCACUUCUCCACCCGAAUCCACAGAAGAGCCUGCUGCUCCACCAGAAUCCACAGAACAGCCUGUUGCUCAAAGUGAAACCGCAGAAGAGCCUGUUGCUCCAUCUGAACCAACUGAAGAGCCCAUUACAGAGGCCACUUCUCCAGAUGAGCACAAUGAAGAGACCCCGGCACCAGAUUAAAUAUUUACUUGAGUCAGGCCAAACUGCACCACAAACAGCCAUCUGCAGAGCCAUUAUACUAGAGCAUCAAGGCUCAGAACACACGGCUUCAGAGCUGAGUGGAGAUGGUCUGAACAUGCUACCAUAUAAAUCUUGAUCAUAUACAUAUUUUUAUUUUCUUAACAUUUUAUCGAGAAUUUCAGUUCUAUUUAAUGAAAAAUGUUUUUACCCAAAUUUUAUUUUACAUGAGAUUUUUAUCAGUUUUUUGUGUUUGUACUUGGUGUUGUGAUGUCUGGUUUUAAUAAAAUAUUUAUUUACGAUA